UGCUGGAAAGAACAGGGUUAGGGUCCACAAAGCAGCGAUUGGCGCGCAGGGCUACGUCAAAUGUCACGGCCACACCUUUCAGAAAAGCGAAGUCCAGGCGUAAACGUUGAAGAAUACAAUACUUACCUCAAUCAUCGUAUUGAUUGGGGAGUUUAGUCUUCACGGCUCACGUCUGUAGCCAACUUCCGGAGACGAUUCCAACAAGUACAAGUAAUUGUCUUCACUACCGAGCUCCACCCCGCAAACAUCAGGCGAGCAACAAACACACUCACCUAUCCAAAAUAGCGUCCGAGAUGGCACCUCCCAUGAUCGACCCCACGCUCUUUGAUGAGCUCAAAACCAAGAUCGAAGAGGACACCAGCGUUCGGAAGGAUCUGGACCAGAUCCUUGAUGACCUGAACCAGCAGGUUUCCUUCACCCAGGGCGUGCUCUCGCGGAUACACUCCACGCCGCGGUCCAAAUAUGCAACCCUAUUGGGCCAAAUCGAGGGUGGUAUCCGGAAGGAGAUCGAGACAGUCGGCAAACUGUCGGCGUUUGCGUCCCAGUAUCCGUACUACAAAUAUAACCACAAGUGGACGCGUAUGGUUCAGGACGCCGUUUCUACCGUCAUAAUCUGUGCCUGGUUAGGCGGCAUGUCGACCGACUCCAAGCCCGGCGAGAUUGGCCGCCUGUUGACGCUGGAAGACAUUGGGCAGGCCUUCAACGUUCCCGUCAACCUCAAGGACCGUGAUGCCUUCCACAUCACAAUCGAGGAGUACCUACUUGGGCUGAUUACCGUUAUUGAUGACCUGAGCCGGCUGGCAGUCAACUCGGUCACUCUGGGCGACACUUCCAUGGCCGUGAAGAUCAGCGGGUUUAUUAAGGACCUACAUGCCGGGUUUCAGGUGCUGAACUUGAAGAACGAUAUCCUGAGAAAGCGGGUGGACUCAAUCAAGUAUGCGGUCAAGAAGGUUGAGGAUGUGGUGUACGAUCUGUCGCUGCGAAAUCUUAUCCCGGCCCAGGAGCCGCAGUGAGGGUAUUCCGAUGGCCUAGGACAUUGGGGGUUUGAGUUUCACACGAUGAAUUCCAUCCAUGCCCGGGUGUGUCAUAGCUGGACAGAGGGCGAAACUUCCCCUCGCAGUAAGCAGGGUUAGGGUCCAAUGCCGAGUAUGCCGAGCCUGUGAACUUUAAUUAUCCAUUAAUUCCUCUUC